AGGGGUGUGCUACAUCCCGCGGAGUGAUACUGGCGCUCAGCGGAGAGUGAAACGCCCCCGCGACUCCCUGACGCCAGGUCUAGCAGCAGCAGACUCAACUCAGGGCAGUGGGAGCUAACUGGAGGAGUCUGCUUUACCCUCGGAAACACAAGUGACUCAGAAGACGGGGCCUUGGAAGCUCCGACGUACCGGGGGACAAAACAGUUCUGUACUUUCCCCACGUUUGUCUUCUGAGUCCUGACGAUCCUACACCUCUGCUCACGCUUUCUUUUUGGAGAGUGGAGGAGGGCGACCCGUGCACAAUGAAUGUUACGUCGCUCUUCUCCUUCACCAGCCCCGCGGUCAAACGGCUGCUGGGUUGGAAGCAGGGGGACGAGGAAGAGAAGUGGGCGGAAAAGGCCGUGGAUGCUCUGGUUAAGAAACUGAAAAAGAAGAAGGGAGCCAUGGAGGAGUUGGAGAGGGCUCUCAGCUGCCCGGGUCAGCCCAGUAACUGUGUGACGAUCCCCCGCUCGCUGGAUGGACGGCUGCAGGUGUCCCACAGGAAGGGCCUGCCGCAUGUCAUUUACUGCCGGGUGUGGCGCUGGCCUGACCUGCAGUCCCACCAUGAGCUGAAGGCACUGGAAUGCUGCGAGUACCCUUUUGGCUCCAAACAGAAGGAUGUGUGUAUCAACCCCUACCACUACAAGCGGGUGGACAGUCCAGUGUUGCCUCCUGUCUUGGUGCCGAGGAACAGCGAGUUCAACGCCAAGCACACAAUGUUGCCUCGGUUCCGCAACCCUCUACAGCAGAACGAGCCACACAUGCCCCAGAAUGCCACCUUCCCAGAAUCCUUCACUCAGGCAAACACUGUGCCUUUCCCACACUCGUCGGGAAAUGGCUACCCAAACUCCCCAGGUAGUGGCAGCAGCGUCACCUUCCCCCAUUCGCCAUCCAGCUCCGACCCUGGCAGUCCAUUCCAGAUGCCAGAGACCCCACCUCCUGCCUACAUGCCCCCAGAGGAGCAGAUGACUCAGGAUUGUCCUCAGCCAAUGGACACCAACCUUAUAGCUCCACCUUUGCCAACGGAGAGCAACAACCAGUCAGAUGGGCAGCGCGUGGCCUACGAGGAGCCGAGGCACUGGUGCUCUAUUGUUUACUACGAGCUCAACAAUCGUGUCGGGGAGGCGUUUCAGGCGUCCUCCACCAGCGUGCUUGUCGAUGGCUUCACAGAUCCCUCCAACACCCGCAGCCGGUUCUGCCUCGGCCUGCUCUCCAACGUCAACCGCAACUCUACGAUCGAGAACACCCGGCGGCACAUCGGCAAAGGUGUGCACCUGUACUACGUUGGAGGGGAGGUGUAUGCAGAGUGUCUGAGUGACAGCAGUAUUUUCGUCCAGAGCCGUAACUGUAACUAUCACCACGGCUUCCAUCCCACAACUGUUUGCAAGAUUCCCAGUAGAUGUAGCCUGAAGAUUUUCAACAACCAGGAGUUUGCCGAGUUGCUGGCUCAGUCUGUCAACCAUGGCUUCGAGGCUGUUUAUGAGCUCACCAAGAUGUGUACCAUUCGCAUGAGCUUUGUUAAG